UCACUCUCUCACUUCUCGCGUCGUCUGCGCGUUAUCAGCCGGCGCAGAGUGAAAUUCAUCGACGGAACUUUCAUUUGAGUUUACACAGGAAAGUGAAUCGGGUGACUUCGUGAAAUUGUGCCGUAUUCUGACGUGUGAUAUCAAUACAGAAAAAUAUACACUCUUCCUCACAUUCUUUACCGAAACCAACCAACACACAUGUUUGUCUCUUCGACUAUACAGAUCCCCAAUUGAUACGUAUAUAUAGAUAGAUAGGAAAUAUAUUACAUAACACUCUCUUAUCACACUUGUCCCAAAGUGAAUUACAUUUUCCCAUCCGCGCACUUGUGUGUGAGGCACUCUCAGCCUUUUCUUCUCUCUCGCCAAUUCCCGCUCUGCUCAACACGUAUUGAGACACUCUGCCUGCGGUCUUCAAUUUCGAAGCCCAUCAAACAUAGUCGGAAACCACGUUUUGCCACCAGUUUCAAAUAAAAUAUAGACCUGCGAAGAGAAGAUGGCGAUUUUUGACUAUUUUGGUGGUUUGUGCAUCGUCAUAGUUGCCGUGCAACUCCUCAGGAUCGUCUUUCCGUGGCUUUAUGAGAACUUCCUCGGGCCAUGUGUGCUUGGCUGCCGCGUAAAAUUGAGUGCAAUGGGCGAAUGGGCGGUUGUGACCGGUGCGACGGAAGGCAUAGGAAAAGCAUACGCCAAUGAACUCGCCAAGAAUGGACUGAAACUCAUCCUCAUCAGCCGAUCGUUGCCGAAACUUGAGGCCGUUGCAAAGGAGAUUGAAACCAAGCAUGGCGUUGAGACAAAGGUGAUCGACGUUGACUUUACGGGCGGACCCGAAAUAUACUCGAAAAUAGAGAAGCUCAUCUUCGGCCUGGAGAUAGGCGUUCUCGUGAACAACGUUGGGAUGAGCUACAGCAAUCCUGAGUACUUCUUGGCCAUCCCUGAUCGUCAGAAAUUUGUUGGGGAUCUCGUGACAUGCAAUAUUCUCUCCGUGACCGAAAUGUGUCGACUCGUGAUGCCCGGAAUGGUGGAGAGGAAGCGCGGUGUGGUGAUCAACAUUGCCUCAUUGGCGGCCAAAAUCCCAAAUCCACUCCUAACCGUUUAUGCAGCCACCAAGGCGUUUGUGGAUAAGAUGUCUGAGGACUUGCAGACGGAAUAUCACAAGGACAAGAUUGUCGUGCAGUCUGUUCUGCCCGGAUUUGUUGCCACAAACAUGUCCAAGAUCAAGAAGCCCACCUGGUUGGCUCCGUCUGCCGAAAAGUACGUCAAGAGCGCCCUGAACAGACUCGGAAUCGCCGGACACACGACAGGAUACUAUCCACAUGCUCUGAUGAAGCUGAUCAUUGACAUGAUGUCAAUUAUAGCUCCAGCGACAACGCAGCGCCUCAUCUUGUCCCAGCUCACCAACAUUCGCAAGCGUGCCAUCCGCAGGAGCACCAACAAGGUGACAUAAUCCUCCAUAAGCACCCCUUUCUGCUUCACUUCUCGACUCUCUUGCCAUUAGCCUUCAGCAUGGGGUUUAUUUAUUGGGUUUUUCGGGGCAACUCUACCUGGUGGAUUACUCUUUUCAGCCUGUACCCUUUCUAAUCUAACUAAUAUGAAUUGUAACACCUCUCCGGACGGGCCAAAGAUAAUAAUGAUAAUGAAGUGUAACCGACUUUUUCUGGGUGGCACCCUUUCUCGCCAGAGUUUUGGAAAUAAAGUAAGCCAAUGGACACCUUUUGGGCUGUAA